AUGGUGGUCCUCGACUGCAUCAUCCCUGCUCACGAGAAAGACUUCGAGACACUGAGUCAUUGCAUCCGAUCGUUGCGGCGCUGUUGUCCAGGGGUCCGGCGAAUCCUGGUGGUGAGCAAGAUUCCGUGGGAUGAUGCCACUGUGGAGGACUGUGCUGUAGAGUGGGUUGACGAGGCCGACCCCCGAUGGCCCUUCCGCCUUUGUGACAUCACGGACUGCGGGUGCGCGCCCGGCUGGCUGUUCCAGCAGCUGCUCAAACUACAUGGUCCCUUGCUGUUGGACGGCCUCACGGACCAUGUCCUCGUUUGCGAUGCUGAUGUGGUUUGGCUGCUUCAAGAUUCGCCUCUGACGUUCUUCACGCCCGAGGCCGAGUCCCUGCUCUGCACGUUUGACUCAGACGGGUGCCCCCCGAUUCGAAGCGCCGUCGACCUCCACCGCUACGAUGCUUUUCCGGCUGCCUUGCUGCCUGGUCUUCAGAAGCCAAGGCUUGGAUCUCAGACCGCAGUUUGCCACCAUAGUGUGCUGGACACAUCCGUGCUGCGGGCGCUCUUUGAGGAGGUGGCGGAGGUCUGCCCCGGCCAAGCUUUCUGGGAGGCGUUCGUGGCUGCGGCCCGGGCUUGCGGUGGGCGUGCGUCGGAGUAUGAGCUGUACCACGCCUUUGCAUCCAGCCGCUUUCCCCUGAAAGUACGGACUCGAGCGUUGCCUUUUGCCGUGGUGGCAGAUAUUCAGGCUACAAUGGACGAUCCACCGGCCGGCGUGGCCUUCGCAGUGGCACACUCCCACCUGCGCGGCCUCGAUGUGGCGGACUUGCAAGACCGUGUUGGUAUCAUCAACGGCAACACGGAGGGCGAGAUUGUGAGACGCCUCGCUGGCCAGUACUUGGACGAAGAGUCGGCCAGUGAGCUGGGCGCACUCUGGCAAGCGCGCGGAAGCCGGGAGCUUUCCAACAGUCUGAGGAAGCGAACGUCAAAGCUCACGAAGAAG